AUGGGCAACUGCCUGAAGGGAUGCCUUUCGAAGGACACCAACAGUGGCGAACGCCGAUUGAACGUCAGUGAUAGUCAGUAUGAGGUACUGAUCGACGGCAUACAGUGCGCCGACGGUCGGAGCGAGACGGAUGAUCUUCAAGGAGCAAUAACUAGGAAAGCAAACGGUAAGGCAAAGUUUUUUAGGAAAUUCUGGACGAGAUCAACGACGGGUGUCGACUACGCAAGACUGAACCGGGCAAGGAACAAUAAUUUUUCACAACGCGCGUCGUCAUCCACCACCGCGGCCGGCUCCAGCGGUAACGCGUACAGGCAUAAUCAUCACCCGGCAGCUGGAUUUGACAUUCAACUGCAGUGCCUCGAUGCACAUUCUUUGCUGCUCGUGGCGAAGGAUGGCCAGCGAAAGCCGAAUACCAACGGCUACAGCGAUCUGCAGACGGACCAAACUUCUACGCCGGGCAGCUCGCUCGAUCUGGAGUGGGAGAAUGACUACGGCUACCAGAACGGCAGUCAAUGGCUUACGCAACAAGAUGACCCGUUAGGCACCGCGCAACUGGUGAGUUUCCCGGUGGCCGUCCAGGAGUCGGUGUUCAAGAUCGAAGAGUGGUCGUUGGUCAAGAAGAGCAAAGACCGAAUCAAUGCGCUUCGAAGGCUCGAUCCGAACGGGCACCCGGCCAGUCAUCCGCACCGUGGAUUUAGCACCGCUACCGACAGUGAAGGUGUCGCCGGAUCAUUGGAAUGUCUAAGGGCCCACGCGGGGGGAGGACGUUCAGGGCGGGGGCCAUCGGUAGAGCAUCGACUGAGUCUCACCAGCGCCGACCGGACCGCCGACUUCGGUGGCUCAUCAGACCUAUCGCACAUAUCAUCGACUCCGGAUGGCUCGCUCGAAUGGGACAUCGAUCAGGAUCGGCAGCUAAAGUCGGACAACGAGUCGCUCGAUCUGGAAACGAAGGAGCUGCUGCUCGAAAUCGAGCAGCUAAAGAACCGUGUUCUCAACGAAACGGGUGCUACGCUGAAGGACGACUCUACGCUCAGUUGAUCGAAGCACCUGGGUAGUGCUUCCGGGGGAAGGUGUCUGAAAGCCGUUCGUGCUGCUGGGUCGAGCCUUGUAAACCCUAGUGAGUAGUGAUAUUUACUGUGUGUGCGUGUUUGUGUGUAUGCGUGUAAACCCCGCACUGAAAACU